AUGUCUUCUCCAGAAAAGAAGAGGAAGAAACCGUCGCUUACGCAGUCGACGGUGCUCACGCCGACGCCGCCGCCGCAAUCGAUCCCAAUAGUUUCGCUUCCUGAUGAUUUGCUAGUAAGCUGCUUUGCACGCGUCUCGAGACUGUACUAUCCGACUCUCUCACUCGUUUCCAAUAGCUUCGGAUCUCUCCUUGCUUCACCGGAGCUUUACAAGACCCGGUCCUCCAUAGGCCACACCGAGAGCUCACUCUAUGUGUGCUUACGGUUCCAUCCCGACUCUAACCCUAGCUGGUUCACCCUCUGCCGGAAACCCGAACAAAUCCCAACCAGCGACGCCACGAAGAAGAAGAAGAAGAAGUCGAGUGGGUAUGCUUUGGCUAAAAUCCCAACUCCGCAUUCUCCUCCUGUGAACUCGUCGGGUCUCGUGACAAUUGGUUCGGACAUCUACAACAUUUCCGGAUCCAUCGGCAACGCGCCAUCGUCUAGCGUCUCGAUCAUGGACUGCCGGACUCACACGUGGCGCGAGGGUCCAAGCACGCUGGUGAAGCGGACUAACCCACACGCCGUUAUCCUUGACGGGAAGAUAUAUGUUGCAGGGUACGGUACCGACCCUGAUUACUCGGACUGGAUGGAGGUUUUCGACCCAAAAACCCAAACUUGGGAGCUUGUGUCUUCUAGCCCCGACCCUGUGUUAUGUGUGUGUGAUAAUGUUCGAAAAAGCGCAGCGAUUGGAGGAAAGGUUUACAUGGUUGGAAAUCUUGGUUUGACCUACGAUCCGAGGUCUUGUAAAUGGGGAAUGGUGGGAUGUAGGAUGGAUUUGCGUUGGGUGCGGUAUUCUUACUGCGUGAUCGAGGACGUGCUUUACCAUUAUGAUGGUGGCAGGUUCGAAUGGUACGACUCUAAUGCAUACCGCUGGAAUCAAGUGAACGGUGUCAAAGGACUGCCCAAGAUCACCCGUUCUGUUGCUAGAUUGGCGGAUUACGGUGGAAAGAUGGUCGUUUUGUGGGACAAGUUUGUGACUUCCGGUGGAGAUAAGAACAAGGUGAUUUGGUGCGCGGUGAUUGCUCUUGAAAGGCGCAAAAAUGGUGAGAUUUGGGGGGAGGUCGAGUGGGAUGACGCAGUGCUUACGGUUCCCAAGUCAUGUAAAGUGCAAUAUGCUCUUGCUGCUACCGUUUGA